AUUUCGCGCACGCGCCCACGCUCCCCAGCACGCUGCUGUGCGCGCUUCUUCACGCGCACUCUCUCAAACAGCGCGCAUCAAAGCCACUUACGCCAAGCCAGACAGGAAGAAAAGAAGAAGCUGCUCUGUCCUGCAGGAAUAUAUGAGAGGACGAAGAUGAGCUGAUCUCUAUGGCAGACAUCAGACCUAAUGGUUGUACCAUCGCCCAUCCAGGCGACCCACUGUGAGUGAAAAUAAUUAAACGAGAGGACGGGAGAUGACAAAGCAGCUUGGAGCGUCGCUGCUCGCCCUGUCGGCGCUUCUUCUAUUCCCGUUAAUUCAACAAACAGCAUCCUCAUCAUCAUCAUCAUCAUCAUCACCAGCUGCAGCGACAUCAGAGGCGAGAGGCAACCGGAGUCAUGACAGCAGGCCAUCGGCUCACAUUAGAGACAUGAGAAGCAGACGCCACAAUGCCUCCAUCAUUCCUGAGAAGCUGGGGGGUCUGCUGAGGCACAAACCAGAGGAGGGGGUGUCACCGAUGUGUGCCUACAGGGUGAUAGAGGGAGGCAUUUUUGGGCAGCUAUGUUUUCGACGCACGCUUUUUGGGUACAUGUGCAAUAAGGAGGACUGCAGGACGCGAGUGGCUUUGGGAAGCCUGGUGGCAAACCUCCUCAUCAACGGCAGCGUACUGUUACAGUGGACCCAUAAGGCAGGCAAUAACACCAAAGAGAGACUUUCCGAACACUCCCGAGAUUCUGGUCCAGAUUUAUCAAAUGCAGAAACCUCUCCAUUAAAAUCUGUUUUCGGGGAGCGACACCAGCGCGCAGGCUUCGAGCUGAGCUGCUGGUGGAACGGCAGCUACACCCAGUUUGAGUGCGCCAGCGCGCAGCUGGCUGCGGGCUGCAGGGACUACAUGCUGUCCGAGCUGCAUGAGAACAUCCCCUAUCGGAUCUGCCUGCGCAGUCUGGGCCGCUCUGGACCGGAUCGCACAGCAGACAAGCCUGACUGUGUGGAGUUCACGCUGCCGUCGUCCGGAAUGCAGGACAUUGUGAUUGCCAUGACGGCGGUAGGGGGCGCUAUCUGCGUGAUGUUGGUGAUCAUUUGUCUGCUGGUGGCCUACAUCACAGAAAACAUUAUGAGCCCCGCUACGCAGCACACCUACUCCUACCGCACACAUUCACGUCACUGAUGGAAUAAGGACACAAACAUAGUCACAAAUGUAUUUAUUUGUAUGUUUACGACACAGGUGCUUCUCAAUAAAUUAGAAACUCAAAUUUAAAAAGGGAAAACAUUCUUGGUGAUCAUGACGCACGGCAAAUAAAAAGUCCAAUAAUGUAUCUAAGAAUACACAUGGAAAGUUUAGUGGAAGGGAAAACUGUUAAUAUUUCCCAAGCAAGUUGAAGGAAUUGUAAUCUCAGUUUAUUCAAGAUAAAUUAAUAAAUAAAUACCAAAUCACAUACAUUGGGCCUCCUCUGAAACAGAGGCAACGUCAGAAAAGGCUGGUUCUUAGUGCCCAACGUUUUUUCUUUUAAUUUCUAAAUAAAUAUUAAACGUUAUUUGGGAGUCAAGUCGCUCUAAUUCAAGCUGCGUGAGAUCCAGCCUAGCUCCCACCGUUACAUUCAAGCAGCCAUUUUGGAGAACGUUACACUGAACAAAAAAUAAUGCAACCUUUUUUGGCAUUUACUUAAUCAUAAUUUGUUACUUUAACACAACUGUUUUAUGUCCUACCCUGCUAACAUGAAAUAAUUGUGUUAAGUAACUGAAUAUGAAUAAGUAAAUGCCAAAAAACGGUUGCAUUAUAAAUCGAUUUUCCAGCAGGACAGAGCUUCUUCCUGUGCUGCCAAAAAACUAAAAACUCCAGGUGUAAUGGCCAUGGUAUCGCUGUGACGGAUCAGGCCGCUUGCCUGAUGUACAGAUGUAAAGGAAGGUUAUAAGAAACACAGGAGCAAGCUAUGAAUAUAUCCAGAUCGCCUCUAUUCACGGAGAAAAGAAAAAGGAGUCAUUAACAAUUGUGUAGUACAUGGAAAUACUUUUAUGUUGAGAAUUGAAACUCCCAAUUUUUGGUUUUAUCUAACGAUAACAUUUUCAUUCGCUGUAAGCCUUCAUCACCAAUGUAAACAGACCUAAUAUUUGAUCGCCCUAUAUGUAAAGAUUCCAUACAUGAGCUUGAAUUAUAAAAAUGAAUCAGUAAUAACUAUAUGUUUAUCCUUUUAUGACCAAAUUGAAGCACAAUCUGCUGUGGCUUUGCAAAUAACAUGCCUUUUCAACCUCUGCCAGGGUGCACUGAACCAAAAUUAUUGAUCAACUGUGUUUAGUUCACUGAUUUACUGUUAUGCCGUCGCUCAAGAUUGUUUCUCACCUGCCGUCAGGUGAUGUUUCUACAGCAAUACAAAUAGCCUCAAUAAAAGGCUUUGGAUAUAUUAAAAAGAAAAGUAUUUUUAGUAAAUCUGAGAGGGUGUCAAUGUUUUCGGAAAGAAAAAAACAAUUUAUCUAAGUUUGAUUUCUUUUCUCAUCUCUGGGUUUUGCUUGUAGGUCUGCAUAUAGUGUUUGUACAAUCUGUAAAGGGCAAUAGAAAACACUGUACAAUCUCUGAAUACUGUGGCAAACAUAUUUUAGCUAGAACAACUUUUUUGUCCCGCUGACUGCAAAUAAAGAACCAUGG